AUGGCGAGAUCCGUGGGUGACUCAGCGGCGGGGAAUGCAGUCGGCGGGGACGGGGGAGGUAUCAAGGAGAGCCGAGCCGCCGAGCCACCGGCUGAGGGAGCGAAGGAAGGAGGGGAAGAGGAGAGGCGAGGCGAAGCGGCCGCGGCUGCUGCCGCCAUUUUGCGUCAGCGACCGAGGGAAGGGGGGGAGGCAGCGCGUGCCGCCGCCGUGCUAAGGGCGGGAGGGAGCGGGCGGCGCGGACAAGAUGGCGGCCCCGGCACUGACCCAGCGCUUCCCUGCGCAGAAACCAAGGUGUACGUGGGGAACCUGGGCACGGGCGCGGGCAAAGGCGAGCUGGAGAGAGCCUUCAGCUACUAUGGGCCGCUGAGAACCGUGUGGAUCGCCAGGAACCCGCCGGGGUUCGCCUUCGUGGAGUUUGAAGACCCGAGGGAUGCUGAAGAUGCUGUCCGUGGACUCGAUGGGAAGGUGAUCUGUGGCUCCAGAGUUCGAGUGGAAGUGUCGACGGGCAUGCCCCGUCGCUCCCGUUACGACAGGCCUCCUGCACGGCGCCCCUUUGACCCCAACGACAGAUGCUAUGAGUGUGGUGAGAAAGGCCACUAUGCCUACGACUGCCAUCGCUACAGCCGCCGGAGGAGGAAACAGCUAAAGGGUUACUAUGGAAAGCGGUUGACCUCCUCGCUGCAUCUCACAAAAUGCAACAAAAACACUGAAUGA